GUUCGCUCUCUGUAGUUACAGCAGGCAGUUCUUCAGAAUAGUCGCAUCUCUUUCCCUUUGUUAAUUCGCCUGCGCUGCUUCUAUGCUAGAUGGGCUGAAUUAAUGUAGGAUAUUUAUAUUAUUGACCACAUAAUUAUCAAAAUUAUGAUUAUAUGUAAUGGCUGACGAGGUUGUGCUUUGUAUUGUCCGCCAAUAUUUCAACAGUUCUAUUUGCCGACGACGAAGGGUUAAAGAGGCGCAGUCGCCACCACUGGUAAGCAGAAGUCAUCAAUGUUGAGCGCACAGACCACUCUCCUCUAGAGCGAUCACAUCUCAACGAACUAUUACGGACGUUACCCUACGUUUUCUUCAACUAGACUACUGGUUUCUCUCUGUUGCUUCCAUCCGGUGCACGGAAACAGGGAAGAAUAAGGCCAGGAGGAGAGAAAAAAGGACGCAACUAUGGCAAAACCAAUGUUCCUUGGCAGGCUGACCGACUCCCCCUCCCCAGAGUCUGCAAUGACAAAUGACAAGAAGUAACCUCUCGUCUUGCAAUUCACCUGAGAGGAUAUCAUUUUUGACAGUUCAAGGGACGUAAACAAACACGGGCUCCUCUCCUUGGAAACUGGAAACUGUCUCGCGAUCCCCCCCAAAUAAAGUGGACGCUCAUUUCCAGAACGCUACUUUUCACUUAAAGGACUGUCCACUUGGUCCAUCUCAUUAAGUUACAAAAACGUAGGUCGGGGAUUACAGUAUUUAUUAUUCUAUGACGAGGACACAGUGAAUGUCGUCCGUUUGUCGGGACUCAUCGACGUAGAGGUCAGCAUCGGCGACAGAAAGUCCAAUAACUCCAGUGGGAUAGCGUUCAGCAAAGAUGCCAGUCCGAAGGGGUCACGUGGCACCACAGAAUACUUUUCUCGAUACCAUCAUUAGGAAAUUCGAUAGUCAAAGUCGUAAGUUCAUCAUUGCCAAUGCCCGGGUGGAGAACUGCGCCAUCAUAUUCUGCAACGAUGGCUUCUGUGCCAUGUGCGGCUACUCGCGGGCUGAGAUCAUGCAGAAGCCCUGCACCUGCAACUUCCUGUACGGCCCUCACACCAAGCGGCUGGCCAUUGCCCAGUUGGCUCAAGCACUGCUGGGCUCGGAGGAGAGGAAAGUGGAGAUCAACCUCUACAGGAAGGACGGUGUGUGUUUCCUGUGUCUGGUGGAUGUGGUGCCGGUGAAGAACGAAGAUGGCCUGGUGAUCAUGUUCAUCCUCAACUUCCAGGUCAUUUCAGACGACAAAGAGCCCAACCAGGACCUCAACCACAAGCUUCCCCCCUGGCUCCCCACAGGCCGGCCGCGUGGCUUCAAGCUCCGUCUGCCCUCACUUCGUUCCCUCAGCAACAGCAAAGCCUCUCUGGACGACCCAGAGACAGGGCGCCUCCCAGCCCCUGGCUACCCCAGCCACGAGUCCCUGGCUCUGGGAGAGCUGCUCUCCCUGCCCACAUUACCUCCGGGGCACAAGAGCUCCAGUAGCGCAGGCAGCAGGAGCAGGCCGGCCCUCCUGUGGCCCGAGGACCAGCGUGGCCUGCUGGGCUCAGAGCCUUCACCGUCCUCGCUGCCCCCCGGCCAGUCGCCAUCCCGCAUCGCCCUCCAGACGCUCAACCCGGACGUCUCUCUGUCCAACUGCAGUCUGUCACACAGUCGCUCCCGCGAGAGCUUCUACAGCAUGCGGCGGGCGUCGUCAGUGGAUGACAUCGAGGCCAUGCGGCCGGCGUCAGACCGGAAAUACAGCACAGCCCAUCCCAUCCACAGCAGCACAGGGGCGGUGAACAACAAGUCCAACAUCCUCAACUCCACGUCUGACUCGGACCUCAUGCGUUACCGCACCAUCAGUAAAAUCCCUCAGAUCACCCUGAACUUCGUGGACUUCAGGGCGGACCCCCUGAUCACGCUGCCCGCGGGGGACAUGGACAUCAUAGCCCCCUGCAAGCUCAUCGACCGCACACACCACGUCACCGAUAAAGUCACCCAGGUGCUGUCGCUGGGUGCUGACGUCCUGCCAGAGUACAAGCUCCAGGCCCCUCGCAUCCACAAGUGGACCGUCCUCCACUACAGCCCCUUCAAGGCGGUGUGGGACUGGCUCAUCCUGCUGCUGGUCAUCUACACGGCUAUCUUGACCCCCUACUCCGCCGCCUUCCUCCUCAACGACCACGAGGAGGCGGCUAUGGUGAACUGUGGCUACUCGUGCUCGCCGCUCAACGUGGUCGACCUAAUCGUGGACAUCAUGUUCAUCGUGGACAUCGUCAUUAACUUCAGGACGACGUACGUCAACACUAACGACGAGGUGGUCAGCGCUCCACUGAGGAUAGCGGUCCAUUACUUCAAGGGCUGGUUCCUCAUCGACAUGGUGGCAGCCAUUCCCUUCGACCUGCUCAUCUACCGCAGCGGAGAGGAGACGACUACUCUGAUAGGCCUGCUAAAGACAGCCCGCCUCUUGCGGCUGGUGCGCGUGGCGAGGAAGCUGGACCGCUACUCUGAGUAUGGCGCCGCCGUCCUCUUCCUGCUCAUGUGUACAUUCGCCCUUAUCGCCCACUGGCUGGCGUGCAUCUGGUACGCCAUCGGCAGCGUGGAGCGCAACGGCAGCAUUGGCUGGCUCCACACGCUGGGCGAGUCUUUGGGGAAACACUACAACGAGACGGUGCAGGGCUCGGGCCCUUCCAUAAAGGACAAGUAUGUGACAGCACUCUACUUCACCUUCUCCAGUCUGACCAGCGUGGGCUUUGGCAACGUCUCCCCCAACACCAACUCUGAGAAGAUCUUUUCCAUCUGCGUCAUGCUUAUCGGAUCUCUGAUGUACGCCAGCAUUUUUGGGAACGUGUCGGCCAUCAUCCAGAGGUUGUACUCGGGUACAGCGAGGUACCACACCCAGAUGCUGCGGGUCCGAGAGUUCAUCCGGUUCCACCAGAUCCCAAACCCACUGAGGCAGCGGCUGGAGGAGUACUUCCAACACGCCUGGUCCUACACUAACGGCAUCGACAUGAAUGCUGUGUUGAAGGGGUUCCCAGAGUGUCUCCAGGCUGACAUCUGCCUCCACCUCAACCGUACCCUCCUGGACAACUGCAAAGCCUUCAAGGGCUCCACUAAGGGCUGCCUGCGAGCCCUAGCCAUGAAGUUCAAGACCACCCACGCCCCGCCCGGCGACACCCUGGUGCACGCCGGCGACGUGCUCACCGCCAUCUACUUCAUCUCCCGCGGCUCCAUCGAGAUCCUCAGAGGCGAUGUGGUGGUGGCCAUCUUGGGGAAAAAUGACAUAUUUGGCGAGCCCAUCAACCUUUACGGGCGAGCUGGGAAGUCUAACGCCGAUGUGAGAGCUCUGACCUACUGUGACCUCCAUAAGAUCCACAGAGAGGACGUCCUGGAGGUGUUAAACAUGUACCCCGAGUUCUCCGACCACUUCUGGAUGAACCUGGAGAUAACCUUUAACCUCCGGGAUACCAAUAUGAUUCCUGGCUCUCCAGAAAGUGACAACUCGGACUGUAUAGGAUUCAACAAACUGCGCAGACGCAAACUAUCAUUCCGGCGCCGGACAGAGAAGGAUGAUGCAGAUGCAGGAGAAAUUAAAAAGGAGAGAGACAAUAAACCACAACGGUGGAGACAGAAGGAGGCGGCCAGUAACCAGGGGGAGGGGCCUCUGAGCUCAGUGUCCUCCCACUCCAGUGGCGAUGAAGGGGAGGAGUCUGUGGUCACAUGCCCUGCCCCCCCAUCGGCUCUGCAUGAGAUGUCCCCGGCUCAGGCCACCACCCUGAACUUCAGCGACACUCCCGAGGGGGAGGGAGACCCAAAGGGGGGCAACACCUGCAAUGCACUCACAGGAGCAUUUUCAGGGGUGUCCAACAUCUUCAGUUUCUGGGGUGAGAGUCGGGGCAGUCGUGAGUACCAGGAACUGCCGCGCUGCAGCCUGCCCUACCCUCCCCCUCUUAACACGCCCCUCAACAGCAUUGGCCGCAGGCAGCGCACCGAGCUGGAGAACAGACUGGACCUGCUGCAGAAGCAACUCAACAGGCUGGAAACAAGGAUGUCGACAGACAUCGGGGCAAUCAUGCAACUACUACAGCGUCAGAUGGCCCUGGUGCCCCCAGCCUACAGCACUGUGUCGUCUCCCCCUCAGGCCUCACCCUACCCUGGCCCUGGUCCUGGAGAGAGGCUGGUGCAGUCUGAGACACUGGCUUCCCUCUCACAGAUCUCACACCCCCAGGACUUUGAGGGGUUCCCCGGCAAGUUGUGUGACUCUCUCCGCAGCCCUGAUCAGCUGCACCCCCAGGACUCGCCUCUGGUCAGCCCCACCGAGACACGAAGAGACACCACUGGGCUGGGCAGCUUAAUCCUGGACCUGGACCUGGACCUGGGCAGCCUGGAGCUAGAACUUGGGGCUGGGUCCGUGGCAGGGUUGGAGUCAGGGAUGCGGGCAGGUUCAGGGUUGGGGUCAGGGAUGCGGGCAGGUUCAGGGUUGGGGUCAGGGAUGCGGGCAGGUUCAGGGUUGGGGUCAGGGAUGCAGGCAGGUUCAGGGUUGGGGUCAGUGGAAGGAGCGAAUGGCCUGGACCCUGACACCCAGCGAAGGCUCUCUCUGCCUGAGCCACAGACGCCCCUGGACUCACAGACACCGCAGAGGCACAGCUCCGACCCUGGGGGGAGCUAAGGAGCGGUGAGGGGGAGGGAGGAGAAUAGGGACAGAGAGAGGGAAAGGAGGGGUAGCUCUGUUUUCCCUCUUUCCCAGUCACACAUCUCAUUGGGUCCGUUCCCUCAGUCCAGGCGUAAACAGA